GCGUCUAUCAUUGAUUUUGUCAUGAGGGGAACACGUUCCACCACACGAAGCAGUUUCCAGUACUGCCAUGUACCACCGCACUCGCAAUCGCGCCUUGUACAGCCCCUACACGUGUUGCCCAUCCCGCCUUCGCGCGACGCGUGUCCGGUAACAUGGUCGCCUCAUUGCAGCGGCGAUUGACCCCUUGAGUCGCCUACUUAUAGAGCAAGGAGAUCAUCUAGCGAACCCUAGCCCAAGCAACACACCACCACCUACUACCAUGAACAACGCCUCUCUUUGCGACAGCUGCCACAAACGCCCCAAACAUGCCAAUCACCGUUAUUGCGGCAAGACGUGUGCAGCAGCAGCUCAAGUUGCCGCUCCCGCACGUCGCAAGGCUCACGCGCAAGGCCAAGGUCAUGCGAGUGGUCAGCCAACGGCAAAGUCACGAAAUGCCGGCGCGAAUGCAGCUGGAAAUCAGACUCAAUCGCCGGCUCAGCUCUGCAAGGCCUGCAAGAAGAAACCCGCGUUCGGCGGCUUCGACUACUGCGGCAAGUACUGCGCUAGCCAGGCGGGCAAGGCAGCGUCUCAGCCCGCUCAAGCAAAGCCUCGGAACGCUCCCUCUGCUACUCCUGCAAAGGCCCCAUCGAAGCCGUCUGGAGGGAAGAACACAUCCGUACCUGCACCUGCAUCUGCGCCUGCGCAGAAGCAGCACGGUAACGUUCAUCAAGCUCCCGCUCAAGCCCACCCAGACACCGAUUCCGAUGACGACUAUCUAGACGCCUACCCAGACUCAGACUCGGACCUCGACGCCUACCCCUCCGGGUCCGAAUCCGAGCCGGACGACUCCGAUCCGCCCACACCCGUUAUGCCCACCCUGCCUUCCGCUCAGCAUAGCGGAAGCGGCAAGAAGGCCAGUGCUCAAGCUGGCCAUGGGGCAUCCCACCAGACCAAGCAGGCGGGAGCAGGAGCGGCGCAGGUCGGGCAAUGCCUCAUCCCGCGAUGCGGCAAUGCACCGUACGUCGACAGCAAGUCUGGGGUGGCGUCCGACUUUUGCUCAUCGAGACACCGAGAAGAAGCGGUGAGUAUCGGACAGGCCGAUGGCUGUAUCAUGUGCAGGAAGUUCCCGCAGGGGAGUAACGACUACUUCUGUAGCCGUGCUUGUAGGGAGCAGGCGCUGAAGAAGCCGUGAGGAUCAACUUUACACGGUCCUCGUAGUUUGUUGUACCUGUAGUGGUCCUAUUUAUUCGUCUGUAUCGUGUUGUACCAUCAAUGUACCUCUUCAAUCUGUC